CACAGGCAAGACUUUGGAGAGAGCAGACUAGGCAUAAUGGCCACCUUGCCACCAACAGCCAACCCUUCCCAGCAACCUCUAAACCUAGAGGAUGAAGAUGGAAUCCUGGAUGAAUAUGAUCAGUACAGCCUGGCCCAUCCCUGUGUCGUCGGGGGAGGUCGGAAAGGUCGGACCAAGAGAGAAGCUGCUGCCAAUACCAACCGCCCUAGCCCUGGCGGGCAUGAGAGGAAGCUGCUGACCAAGUUCCAGAACUCUGAAAGGAAAAAAGCCUGGCGCUGAGACGGAGCUGGAGAUAAGGCCAGACCACAGACACCACACCCAGCAAUGGAUACAGGACAUCACACCCAGCAAUGGAUACAGGACAUCACACCCAGCAAUGGAUACAGGACCUUGGAGAAAUUAGGAGUUGUAAGCAGGACCUAGGCCUGCUUGAUUCUUUCCCACCUAAGUGAGGUUCUGGAGAGGGAGCCCUUCCACCCUUCCAGACCCAGCAAAAGGGCAAGAUGGGAGCAAGAAGCAGAGGGUAGACGGGCAGAGCUAGGAAGACAGCCCCCAAAAGAACUGUGGGGGAAAUAAAUCGGAUGCCCUUGGGUGGCAGCAACAAUAAAUCGUACAGCAGUGACAGC